AUCUGGGAUGGGCAGUUGGAUAAUAAUGGCUUCCUUAAGAGGUGGGGUUGAUUUGGUAUUUUGUCCCAAGAGGAGAACGGGUGAACUGAGCUGCCAUUUUUCCGUUACAUUAUCCGUCCUGUGCCUGAUGAUUCUUUUGCAGGUCUUGCGCGUGUGAAAUGCACGCCUUUGGUGGCAGGAAUCAGGUUUUCGGUGUAUUUCUCUCUCUCCCUCUCUCUUGUAUAGUCACUGAAAUGUGUGUCGGAUUCCAAAGACCUGAUUUGCAUGCAUCUACAAAGAAAGCCGCCUGAUUUUCCGGGGAGCUCGAGAUGGGUGUGUCUGUUGGAAGGCCUAACCAGCCUUGGAAUUAUGCCACGAUAAGGUGGAGAGGUCACAUUCUCUAUGCUGUUGAAGUUUGAUCCGCACCACCUUCACUAUCCGUUUAUAUACUGUUUCGUUGAAGGGAGGAAAAGGAAGGGCCAAGGUGAUGCUUAAUAGGUGUUGUUUUAAGAGGAAACUUUUGAGUGCAUGCGUUUUCUUAGUUUGAGGGUGUAGAAGAAGAUGGAUGAGAAGGGAGCUAGUGACGGGUUGCCGGUUGAUUGGGACAAAAAUGGGGGCGUUUACCCAAUGUAUUUUGGGGUCUCUUGUGCCUUUGCAGCGCUUCAUCUCCUUUCAUCUUCAAAGAAUGCUAGGUUCACUAAAAUGAAGGAUGAUGGAUGGGUGAUUUUGGUGGAGAGGAUGCUCCAAGGCAGUGCCCAACUACUGGGGAUGCUUGUGUGGAAUGCACAGAGGCAGGAAGGAAUUGGGGUUGAUUCUGAUGUUCUGAGGAAGCUCCAUCAAACUCAGGCUGAGAUUGAGGAAAUGAAGAAGAGGAGGAGGGAGGACGCGAGGGCCAACGCUAAGGUUGUUGCAAUUUAUGCCUCUCAGGAGCAGAGCUGGAUUUCAGAAAGAAAGAAGCUGGUGCAGCACCUGCAAUCUGCUCUAAAGAACCUACACGAGCUCGAGACGAGGGCCUGCUCGGACUGUUCUCAGAAGGAAGAUACCAUUUACAGACUGAAUGAAGCAUUGGUGGAGAGAGAUCUGGAGGUGGAGGCAAAGGGGAAGGCCUUGGAAGAGGAAGAGAAGCAUAGGUUGGAAACAGAGAAGAAAUUAGAGAGAGCAGAAGCUGUUGCUGAAGAACUACGGGAAAUGCUGGACAAGGAAGCUCGAGAGCAUUCCUCUGAGAUUUGGAAGCAUAAGACUGCUUUUGUAGAACUCGUUUCCAGCCAACGUCAACUUGAGGCCGAGAUGGCCAGAGUCGUCAAGCAGGUGGAAGCAGCAAAAUUGGAGGUCGACGCUGUGCUGGCGCAGAAGGAAGAGGCGACAGCAAUGGCGGACAAACUUUCCAUGGAGCUCGUCCGGAUGCAGAAAGAUUCAGAACAGAAAGACAAAAUUGUGUCUGCCAUGUUGAGGAAGUUCAAGUUAGAUUCUGGGGAGAGGCAGAAGCUACUGAAGGACCUAAAGAUAAUGAGAGCCAAGAGGAGGCAAGCUGAACUAGAGAUUGAAAGACUUGCCAAUCUUUGUGAAUCAAAGGAUAAUGCUGUGGCCAAACAUGCCAAAAAUCUGAAAAAUGUUUCAACCAACAAACCUGAUAUGAGGUCAGAGAUUGCAUCAGACAGGAAAGCGCUACUGUGUAUGGAUUAUGGUUCUUCUCACAACAGCAGUGCCAGAAGUGAAAAACCUUCUAUGAACAAUCCUUUGCAGACAAGCCCCAAGGCUCUUCUGCUUGAUUAUUUGGAGCCAGAAUUCAGGAAGGAUCAUGAUCACACUGACCUAAUGGAGAAAAGUGCCUCAAAAGAAGAAUAUUUUGACGAGGGCUCACCCCCGGAUGACAGAGAUCUUGUGAUAACCACCAGUGUUAAACAGCUAGAAGACUUGGUUCAAUCAGAAACAGAAAAAUACACAACCAUCAUUGAGCAAAGGCAUGAUGAAGAAGUAGAAGCAUUCGCUGAACAGAUGAGACUCAAAGAUGAGAAGCUCGAAGCUUGCCAUUGGCGAAUACUUAGCAUGGAACUUGAGUCAAAGCGUUUGCAGUCUCAUAUAGGGGAGCUCAAUGAGAACUUAUCCCAACUCAGAACUGAGAACAUAAGGCUAGAAUCUCUGUUGCUCAGUAAAGAGAAGGACCUGAAAGCCGUGAAUGACAGAUACACUUUACAUAUCAAAAACUGCCAGAAUGACACUACUGCUCGGGAAAUAUCUCCAGUACCAGGCCAUGAAGCAAUAUGGUCGGAAGUGAAGGUUAUAAGGAGAAAUCUGAGAGGAAAGGAGCAGGAACAGAAACCUGGACCAGUUAGAGUUCUUCAAGACAUGGUUGGUAAGCCCCAGGAAAGAGAAAAUUGUCUUCUGGCUAUAGAAACAAAACUCAUUCAAGCAGCAGCCCCACGGUGUGAGCAGGAAAAGAGGGAAGCAGAAAGCAUGCAUGUUGAUUCAACUAAACCAAGAGCUGCCAUUCCCUCUGAGAACAAUGAUAAUAAUUCCUUUAAGACAAUGGGAAAUUACACUCCAGAUGAAGUGGAGCAGGAAGGGGUUGUAAAGACAGUCAUUGAAACAAGUGAUAGCCGUGUCAAGGAAGAACUGCCCGAAAUGGAUUUGAGAACCCAAGGACUUCAAGUUGCACCAAAGGAGAAGGUUGGCUUCAAUAAGAAUGAUAUUUUUGAGGGGAGCCCACAAGUUGCUUUGAAGGACAAGGCUCAAAUUGAUGAGAAAGUAGCACCUUUUGGUCAAUCUAUGAUAAAAAAGGAAUCCUCAUGGAAGAUGGAUAUCCAUGCACUAGCAGUAUCCUACAAGAUCAAAAGACUGAAACAACUACUACUCAUAAUGGAGAGGCUGACUGAAUGUCAGACUCCAGACAAACAUGGGAAAGAAAAGAUGGUAAAUUCUGCUGAGAUGAAAGGCCUACUUUCUGGGAUUAGUUUGCUCAGGAAACAAUUGAAACGAUAUCAAACUCUCGAGGAGAAGACAGAUGAUCUCUGCAAGCGAAUGCAUGCAAGUGGUUCAAAGGAAAGAAGCAAAGAUUCUGAGAGUGAAAGGAAGGAACAGACAGGUACUUUACAGCUGUUUCUUGAAGAAACAUUUCAAGUACAAAGAUACAUGGUAGCGACUGGGCAGAAGUUGGUGGAGAUAAUGUCAGAGACCACAUGUCCUCUCUCUGGAAGCUUCAAGGCUGAUGAUUCUUUAGGUGUGGAUAUGAAGCAGUUUGCAGACAACAUCAGAAGUCUUUUGAAGGAAAUACAGCGGGGUUUGGAGGUCAGAAUUGCACGGAUUAUUGGCGAUGUUGAAGGAACGCUGGCUUGUCAAGGAUUUCUACGUUCUGGAAAAUAGUGGCAUAAAAUUAAAUAAGAAGCUGGAAAACGAUGAAGACAAGAAAUUGUUUUGUGCACAGGUUGCCAUUAUCGGUUCAGUAUCAUAUGAAAUCUCUUCUCAUUUUGGUAACUGAAAGUACAAGAUGCAAGUUACAAGGCCAGGCAGCUGAUAAUCUGGAUAACUCAUCAGCACAUUAUACAUAUACAAGAGAGGAGGCAAACAGUUCUUCAACACCAAUUCCUAUUUAUAGAUUGUACAGAGGGGCCUAGUGCCCUCAAUCUUCUCUAUACAAUGAGUGUUUUUAUUUCUGUAACCUUUGUCUGUUUCCAUCUAUAUAUUGAUAUUGCAACUA